AUGGAUCUCGACAAUGCGCUAAGGACUGAGAAACCCACUUCCACUCAGGAAAAUCCAAACACGGAUAAAAUUGAGAAGUGGGAACGCUCAAAUCGAAUGUGUUUGAUGAUCAUGAAAUGUUCCGUUCCGGAGGCGUUUAGGGGCUCGAUUGUUGAGACUACUAAUGCCAAGUUGUUUCUUAAGGAACUCGAGCAAUACUUUGCUCGAAAUGAAAAGGCUGAAAUUGGUCAAACCUUGUCCAAACUCAUAAACAUGAGGGUUCUCUUUGGAGCCGACCGCCAAGUGAUGUUGAGAGAUACAUCUUUGUGGGCGAUGGCAAAAGGUUGCAGUUCAAGCUAUUGGGAAUUUUAG